CGCAAGGCGCAAAGUUGUGACCGAAGUAGUCCAACUCAAAGGGCGAAGAGCGAGCGACAGUGAGGCACAGAUUGCCAUUGAGUGUUCAUUGCGUGGCGACGAAAAUGUACAGAUCUUAAUCAAUUGAGAGGGAGCUUGUGAGAUUGACGCGCACAGUUUACAUUUCCCCAAAGUUUGUAAAUAACAAAAAGUCCCCCUGCAGCAAUAUGGCUGCUGCAUUUGUUUAUCGCCUGCUUUUGUCUGCGGCAUCUAUUGUUAAUGUGCUGCCGAUUGGAGCACAAAGGCAUACAGCUUCAGAUAAUCCCUCGACAUACAAUAUAGGCGGUGUAUUGAGCAAUUCCGACAGCGAGGCGCAUUUUCGCACAACAAUAGCGCAUUUAAAUUUCGACCAGCAGUAUGUGCCACGCAAGGUUACCUAUUACGAUAAGACGAUACGGAUGGAUAAGAACCCAAUUAAGACCGUAUUUAAUGUCUGCGACAAGCUCAUUGAAAAACGUGUCUACGCGGUUGUUGUGUCGCAUGAGCAAACCUCAGGCGAUUUGUCGCCAGCAGCUGUGAGCUAUACAAGCGGUUUCUAUUCCAUACCCGUCAUUGGCAUAUCCUCCCGAGAUGCGGCCUUCUCCGACAAGAAUAUACACGUCUCAUUCCUCCGCACUGUUCCCCCGUACUAUCAUCAGGCGGACGUUUGGCUCGAAAUGCUCAGUCACUUUCUGUACACGAAGGUAAUCAUCAUUCACAGUUCCGACACGGAUGGACGCGCCAUUUUGGGUCGCUUCCAGACCACAUCGCAGACCUACUAUGAUGACGUCGAUGUGCGAGCAACCGUUGAAUUGAUUGUUGAAUUCGAGCCAAAAUUGGAGAGUUUUACGGAGCAUUUAAUAGACAUGAAGACGGCACAGUCCAGGGUCUAUCUUAUGUAUGCGAGCACUGAGGAUGCGCAAGUGAUAUUCCGCGAUGCUGGCGAAUAUAAUAUGACUGGCGAGGGACAUGUGUGGAUUGUGACGGAGCAGGCGCUGCAUGCGGACAAUACGCCGGACGGAGUGCUUGGCCUGAAGCUGGAGCACGCCCACGGCGACAAGGGACACAUUAGGGGUAACGUUUAUGUGUUGGCAUCGGCAAUUAAGGAAAUGAUUUCAAACGAAACUAUAGCUGAGGCGCCCAAGGAUUGUGGCGAUUCGGCGGUCAAUUGGGAAUCAGGCAAGCGUCUGUUUCAGUACCUAAAGUCUAGAAACAUAACGGGAGAGACGGGUCAAGUGGCCUUUGAUGACAAUGGCGAUCGCAUCUAUGCGGGCUACGAUGUUAUCAACAUCAGAGAGCGUCAGCAGCAGCACGUUGUUGGCAAGUUCAGCUACGAUAGUUUGAAGGGCAAAAUGCGCAUGCGGAUCAACGACAGCGAGAUCAUCUGGGGUGGCAAGCAGAAGCGCAAGCCGGAGGGCAUCAUGAUACCCACUCACCUCAAGGUGCUCACCAUAGAGGAGAAGCCCUUUGUCUACGUGCGACGCAUGGGCGAUGACGAGUUCCGCUGUGAGCCUGACGAGCGUCCCUGUCCGCUCUUUAAUGCCAGCGAUGCCUCAACUAAUGAGUUCUGCUGUCGCGGCUACUGCAUUGAUCUGCUCAUUGAGCUGUCGAAGCGUAUCAAUUUUACCUAUGAUCUAGCUUUAUCGCCCGAUGGCCAAUUUGGGCAUUACAUACUGAGGAACAGCACUGGAGCUUUGGCCUUGCGCAAGGAGUGGACGGGACUGAUUGGCGAACUGGUCAAUGAACGUGCCGACAUGAUCGUUGCACCACUAACCAUUAAUCCGGAGCGUGCCGAGUACAUUGAAUUCUCGAAACCAUUCAAAUACCAAGGCAUUACAAUACUCGAGAAGAAACCGUCCCGAUCGAGUACUCUUGUGUCUUUCUUGCAGCCAUUUAGUAACACGCUAUGGAUCUUGGUAAUGGUGUCGGUUCAUGUUGUGGCGCUCGUCCUCUAUCUGCUCGACAGAUUCUCACCGUUUGGACGCUUCAAGCUCUCGCACACGGACAGCAACGAGGAGAAGGCCCUCAAUCUCAGCUCUGCUGUGUGGUUCGCCUGGGGUGUGCUGCUGAAUAGUGGCAUUGGUGAGGGAACGCCGCGCAGCUUCUCGGCCCGUGUGCUGGGCAUGGUCUGGGCCGGUUUUGCCAUGAUUAUUGUCGCCUCCUACACUGCCAACCUGGCUGCCUUUCUCGUGCUCGAGCGUCCCAAAACAAAGCUGAGCGGCAUCAACGAUGCUCGCUUGCGCAACACCAUGGAGAAUCUGACGUGUGCCACCGUCAAGGGGUCAUCGGUGGACAUGUACUUUCGUCGCCAGGUGGAACUCUCGAACAUGUAUCGCACCAUGGAGUCCAACAACUAUGUGACCGCCGAGCAGGCGAUUCAGGAUGUGAAGAAGGGCAAGCUGAUGGCUUUCAUUUGGGACUCGUCGCGUCUGGAGUAUGAGGCUUCCAAGGACUGUGAGUUAGUCACUGCUGGCGAGCUCUUUGGACGCAGUGGCUAUGGCAUAGGAUUGCAGAAGGGUUCACCUUGGACAGAUGCUGUAACGCUGGCCAUACUGGAGUUUCAUGAAAGUGGCUUCAUGGAGAAACUGGACAAGCAGUGGAUCUUUCAUGGUCACGUGCAGCAGAACUGCGAGCUGUUUGAGAAGACACCCAAUACGCUGGGACUGAAGAACAUGGCUGGCGUGUUCAUCUUGGUGGGCGUGGGCAUUGCUGGAGGCGUGGGGCUCAUCAUCAUCGAGGUCAUAUACAAGAAGCACCAGGUGAAGAAGCAAAAGCGACUGGACAUAGCACGCCAUGCCGCCGACAAAUGGCGCGGCACCAUUGAGAAACGCAAAACGAUACGCGCCUCGCUGGCCAUGCAGCGUCAGUACAAUGUGGGUCUGAUGGCAUCCCAUGCACCGGGCACCAUCAGCCUGGCGGUGGACAAGCGACGCUAUCCUCGCCUGGGUCAACGUCUGGGACCGGAACGCGCUUGGCCCGGCGAUGCUGCCGAUGUGCUGCGCAUUCGGCGACCCUAUGAACUGGCCAAAUCCGGAUUGGCACCGCCUCAAUUGGGUCUGGGAAAGACGCGACCACAACAGAAUCAAUUGCCACCGCGCUACUCGCCCGGUUAUACCAGCGAUGUGUCGCACUUGGUCGUUUAAGUUAACAUUUUGAGCUGCCCUUUGGGCGAAUAGCAAAACAAAAGAAAACCAAAGAUAGUAUUACGAUUACGAUGAAUAUGAAUUAUCGCCAACGAUUAUACAUCGCAAUGUGUCCCAUGCUCAAUACCUGAGGAUUUACAAAGCCAAUUGAGAAUUUAUACCUAAACAUUGCAUGCCACUAAUUUGCUGGGACUUUAAUCAAGCACUGGGAGUCCACUUUAAAGCAGCGUAUUUUAACUUUCACAUAAUAUAGUAUUUUAAAAUACUAACUCUCUUUAAUUUUAUUAAAUAUUCAUAUCAUUCCCUCGUUAUCAUAUCAUUUAUAGAUUUGAGAUGAUCUAUGAAAUAAUUUAUUUUUCUUUUUUGUAAAGCUUUAUUUGACUAUAGUAAGAAUUAAAUAUCAUUGUUAUCAACCUGCGAAGAAAAAAAUUAUAUUUUGUUCAAAAAAUACUCUUUAUCAAAUUCUCUUAAUCUUUAUUUGUCAAUUCUCUUUCUCACCAAACAUAAUCAAGUGUGCAAUUAAGUCCCAGCAAAAUAUAAAAACACAGAUGCCACAGAUAUUUACAAAAACAUAUAGGAAAUUAAUUAUAAGUAUGAACGAUCGUAUUGUUAUUACUAAGCAGCAUUUAUUUUAUUGUGGUUAAGUUUGUGUAGAUUCCUCAUAAGAUGAUAAGAAUUUGUUAAACUCUGUCUCUCGUCUGCUUACUGCUAUGUAUAUUCCAAAACUAACUAAGUACUACUAUACUUUAUAUACCCCGCUUCAGCGUCUACUUGUACUCUAAUCCCAAGUUGUUGUUAUAGUAUCGAUCAUCGAUUCAUCUUAAGUAGCCCAUCAUCAUACACACAAAAACCCACCCAUUGUUACUACUUCAAAAUCAAAACUCGAAUACGAUUUUCUGGCUAUAUAUUUGGGCCACAAACGAAAAGCUCCGAUUUUCUGCUAAACUACGAACGAAGGAAAUACUCUACAAUUUAUACACUACAAAGAUUAAAGAGAGUUUAUUAUGUCCGAAACAGCUGUCGAUGUUAUUGUUAAUACACCUUCUCAUUAACUGGCUGAAUUUGUAUUAAUCAAAUAUAAACAAACCAAAAUUAAACGAGACACUUAAACAAAUAUAGAAAUUAAUAAAAAUUUACAGCUUAAACGAAACGAGAACUUAAACUAAAAGAAAAAACUUUAAAAGUCAUUAAACAACAACAACAAACAACAAAAACAAGAAAA